AUGGAUUUCUGGCUGAGAGCUCGCGCAUUCGCGGAGGAGGCGGCGAGGAAAUCGCAGCAGCUGACGCAGGGGCUCGGCUCCACCAACUUCUCCGGCGUCGUGUCGGAGGCGUCGAGGCGCUCCAAGGAGCUGGCGGCGGAGGCGUCGAAGCUGUCGCAGGAGUUCGCCGCGGACAGUGGAGCUGGUAGCCCCGCCGAUCUGGAGAUGUUCGGUGUCACUGAUGAGCUGAGGGAGUUUGGCAGAGGCAUUACGACGAAUACUUUCCGUGAUUUCCCGCUUGAAGAUGAGUCAAAAGUAUCUAAUAUUCAUACCAUCUCAAAUGUUCGGCAAGAUCUCACAGAGUGGCAAGAAAGGCAUGCCAAGCUUGUUCUUUUGACAGUGAAGGAAAUCUCAAAGCUAAGGUAUCAACUAUGUCCAUGUGUGAUGAAGGAAUGGAAGUUUUGGAAGAUCUAUUUCAUUCUGGUAAACAGUCAUGUGGCAGCAUAUGAGAAACACUAGAUGGAAGUUGGAAAGCUCAAGGCAGCUGAAAAUGUUACAGAUGCUGAUGUUGAAGGGACUUCAUCAAGUGUAAGAUCCGAAAGAGCAGAUGAGAUUUCCAACCCAAAAAGCAGUGCUCAGAAGUCAGCAUCCAUUGACAAGGAUCUGGAUGUAUUUCUUCUUGGAGACCUUGAUGACAGUGAUGAUGAUGGUCCAGAUGAUGGGAAUGAUGACUCAGAUGAUGAUGGCUUUGAAAAACUAUAACUAGGUAAGUGCAGUAGUUGUUUCUCAUUGCAGUUGCUUUCCUUUUACCUCUAUUAUUAUUGUGUUUCCAAGAGCUAUGUUUCAUGAGAAAUACCUCUAUCAUUUUUACUUUGCAUACUAAAAAGAAAGUUGAUUUCAAAUAGAUUUGAGUAUAGUUUGCUCAUCAUCACAUAAUACAAAAGGGAUCAUAUAUUAACUGACUAAAGCCUCAGAGAUGAAUAUAUUGUCAAAUAAGUGAAAAAUAGAUGUAGGCUGUUAUCAUCCUAUCCUUAGACCAUCAAUCAAGCUAGCACAUUUACUUGAUAUAGUAAUUUUUAAAUUUCUACAAGCAUUAUAAAAAACCUUGCCUAGCUUUGCCCAAUUGUUAGGCAUUUAUAAUGGUCACUGUUUGUAACAUUAUUUUUGGCAUUAACAAUCAAAUUCAACAACAAAGUUGGUCAUUAGAUAAUGCAUAAUUGCAUAUAAUUUUGCUUGCCUUUCAUCUUUUGAGCUUAAUUUGAUACCAACUCGGUUAUUUUUUAUUGUCUGCUUUUAGGAGAAUGAUAAAGAAUCUCACUGAAAAAGAAUACAUACAAUAAUUUUGGUGCUUCUUUGAGAUGAGUAUCGAAGAAAUUCUAAGAAAAAUCACGAUGCUACACAUAAUUCAUUGAGAAAAUUCUUACUUGUAUUUUCGAUCGCAACAUCUCUACUUAAUAAUAUUGGGAUUAUUAAGGAUCGUUGGGAGGGGAACUUGGGAUUUGAUAGUUGAUGUAAUCUGUAAUUCAAGUCCAUCCUUGUCCUAUUAUACGAAAGUCGUUGGUCGAAUUUUCCGCAUUUUUUGGCUGGUUCGUAGCACCUACGUUUAUCAUCACCUAAUUUACUAGUAGUAAUAAUCAUCUUAAGUCCAUCACAUUUUUAAAAAAACUUAGUUAUGAAAUUAACAUCUAAUGCAUUUAUGAUGGCCUGCAAUAAACAUGUGGGAAUGCAGUAUACAUUGCUAUAAUCAUAGUCUCAUUCUUGUUCAGAUUCUAGGCUCUCUUGGCAAAAUUCACUACUUAUGUAGUUUUUAUUUAAAUAGAGUGCCUUUGAAAUGUGCAACUAUCCAGUACUAAAAUUGUUUCUACAUAUUAGCUGACUCAUGUGAUAUUCAUAAAUGAAUAGUUUCUCAAUUUAUGAUACAUUGGAUUAUAUCCUAGAAUGCUACUUCAUAUCCAGCUAGGUGUUGUUGUCCAUACCACCGUCGUAUUUCUGUCGUAAAACCAUAUUCGAUCCGAUAUCUGCAGUACGGCUCUUUGUAAUUGCAUCUGCUCAUGUAUAAGCAACAAUUUCUGAUCUUCUGUAACAUGGCCUGUUAAUUCUAUUUGAUUUGCUCGACUUCUUCGCA